AUGAAAGGUUUUGGCGCUCAAGGUUGGAAUCAUUCUUUGUCUUCCGCCUGGACAACUCGCAAAGUCCCGAUAAAUCACAACUGCCGCUGCCGGUCACCUGCGUCACACUUUCUUUCUUUUCGCUGUCAUUAUUUCUUUCUUCCUUUCUCUUUCUUUCUUUCUUUCUUUCUUUCCGUUUUGUUUCAAUUUUAUCCGUCUCUUUUUUUCUUAUUCUGUUACUCUCUCUCUCUCUCUCUCUCUCUCUCUCUCUCUCUCUUAUUUGUCCGAACUGAUUUUUCUCCUAAUUCACCCCCACCACCAUUCUCUCUGUUGUUUUUUUUUCCCUUUCAAUCAAUCAGUUUUCCUUUUUGUUCUCUCUCUCUAUUCUACACUCUCUUCUUACGUUCAACUUCCUUUCUCUAUUUGAUGUUCGCUUCUCUUUUUUUCCAUUUUCUCCUCUCUCUCUCUCUCUCUCUCUCUCUAUCUAUGUAUCUAUCUAUCUUCCCCAUAUAG